ACAUCUUGGUCACAAAGUUUCCAGAGCUGCAGAGAGCUGCUGCUCUCUGAAGAUGGAGGACCUGGAUGGAGCAGACCUCUGCUUUCCACAACUCAUCAACAUCUCCUGCAAGAAGCCUGCACCUCCUCAGACCGAGGAUCUGGUCCUAUAUGCUGUGAUGUUCUCCGUCUCUCUGCUCACUGUUGUUCUCAACCUGCUCGUCAUCAUCUCAGUCUCCCACUUCAGGCAGAGAUAAAAUGCAAAACCUGCUUUUUUAUUCAGUUAUUGUAGAUUUACAAGUGAAUUGUCUUUGAUAUAGUAAUGAAUGAUGCUACACUUAAAAACACUAGACUGACAUUCUAACAUGCUGAGUGUUUUGACUUUUGAAAUAGAUGUGUGUUGCUAGUGUUUAUAUCAUUAAGACAUGAGGGCUUGUUGGUUUACUGUUGCUUUUCUGUCUCCCUCCAGGCAGCUGCACACACCAACUAACAUCCUCCUCCUCUCUCUGGCCGUCUCAGACUUUGUCGUUGGUCUCGUGAUAAUUCAGUUUGAAAUCUUGGUACAGAAAGCCUGCUGGUUUCUUGGUAACAUUGCAUGUUCUAUGUAUCAUUACACAGGAUUUGUCAUCACUUCUGCCUCAGUAGGAGACAUGGUGCUGAUAUCAGUUGACCGUUAUGUGGCUAUUUGUGACCCUCUGCAUUAUCACACCAGAAUUACAGAGGGGAGAGUUAAACUCUGGGUUUGUCUGUGUUGGCUAUUUUCUGGUCUCUACAACAUUUUAUUCUUAAAGACUCAAAUCGGCAACUCCUGCUAUGGAGAGUGUAUAAUUAACAUUGACCUCAUUGGGGGAACUGUUGACUUUAUUGUCACCUUCAUUCUUCCAGUUGCAGCCAUCAUAUUUCUAUAUAUGAGAGUAUUUGUGGUGGCUGUGUCUCAGGCUCGUGCCAUGCGCUCUCACACUGCAGCCGUCACACUCCAGCCUUCAAUGAAUUUGUCAUCAAAAAAAUCAGAGUUGAAAGCAGCCGGGAUUCUGGGUAUAGUUGUAUUUGUGUUUCUAAUGUGUUUCUGCCCGUAUUACUUCAUCAUGCUUGUGGGGGGCAGCGCAUUUUUCACCGUUUCAGUUUUUUUCUUUCUGUUCAACUGUAGCUCCUGUUUGAAUCCACUGAUCUAUGCCCUGUUUUACCCCUGGUUUAGGAAAGCCAUUAAGCUCAUUGUCACCCUGCAGAUUUUGAAGCCUGACUCUUGUGAGGCCAACAUACUGCAGAGAUGCUGAAAUGAAACCUGUCAUGCAAUGAUUUAGUUAUUUCAGGUGCGUAAUUGCUCUCGUGUUUUGUUUCACUGCUUGAAUCACUGUGCAAUUUUCUCAACAGGUCGUUUCCAUCUUCUGUUGUGUUUAAGUCGUGUUUAAACCCUGUGAUCUAUGUCCUGUUCUGUCAUUGGUGUGCAAGGGCAGAAAACUCGUUCUCACUUUUCAGACACUGCAGCUCCUGUAUGGCCAAUAUGUGACAGAAAUAUUUUCUCUUAAGGUUUUGCUGUCGAUUUUUGAGGAUGUUUUCUCCCUCUGUCUUUGCAUGACAGAUUUGUGCUACUUUGUGCAACUCUGUGUAUAUUCAGGAAGAGACAAAUAUGGAAAGCUAUAACAAUGCAUUCUGUUGUUGUCAUCACUGUCACACUGUUUGUUGCCUCCCUCCUGGGUGGACUGAUGCUGCAGUCUGAGUCUCGUGCAUUUGUCUGAUUAAUACUUUGGGCUGCAAACAUAUUCAGUGCAAGCUGUUGUAAUUUUUUUUUGUAGUUAUAUAGAUCCAUAUCUAAUGAAAUAAUCAUAACUUGUAUUUUGUAAAACUGCAAACAGGUUGUCAUGGUAAAGAAGUAGGGGCAUGCUGCAUUGGCUGAGUUAUAACUCAUGCGUGUUAACUUACAUGUUUGUGAUGUUUUAUUGCUUAAGCUGGUGGAGAUGUGAAGUCUUUUAAAACUUUAUCAUAUAUAUAUACUCAAGGUUUCUUUCUGUUAAAAGAGAGUUUUUUCUUGCUACUGUCGCCUUAGAGCUUGUUCUGAGGGUUCAGGCAUAUGGGUUCUGUAAAGCGUCUUGAGACAAUCUGACCUGUAAUUGGCGCUAUAUAAAUAGAAUUGAAUUGAAUUAUACUGAUGUAUAUUAGAACUAGAAAAUUGUAAUCUGUGUUUUGUGUGUAAAACAAUA